ACAAGCUUGUUUUGAUUUGAUUUGCAUGCGGCAUCCGAAAAGAAGUAAAGAACCAGCAUUCGUAUAUAAAUAAAUAAGAAACACCAAAUUUAUCAAUUUAGACAUAGUGUAAAUCCUAGACACUAAUAAUGUCAGAGGAUCAUGGCAUUUGCCACAUAAAACCGCAGUACGUUCUGCCGGAACACGAACGCGUAUUGAACCUGGCGCACGUAUCUGAAAAGGACAAACAGGUUUUAGAAGCAACUAAGGUAAAGCAAGAGGAAAAGGAAAUAGUUGAGGAUGUAGGCGGGGAAGGUGAAGGAGCCGAAGAAGGUAAUGGGGAACCCAAGCCGAAAAAAAGAAAAAUUUUCGAUAAAAAGUUGAAAGGGCAAAACAAAAAGCGAGGCAAGUCCUUUUUCCAAAACAGGGAAGAUGAACUUUGUGAAUCGUUGAUACAUUUGCAAGAUGGCGAGGAGGUGCCUGAAUGUACAAGGAAAAACUGUGUCUGUCAACACUCAAUUGAGGAGUACCUAGCAAAGAAACCAGAAGACAUAGGCCCAAAAUGCUACACUUUUGAAAUCUCUGGCAGAUGUUCGAGAGGGCUGGCUUGCAGAUUUGGAAAAUCUCACAUCUCCGCCAAUGGGCGGAAUAUUAUCGACCAAAAUAAAUAUGAAGAAUACAAAAAAACACCUACUAUAAGAAAUAUGCUAGGACGAGAUGUUAUAACUACAAUAAGAAAGAGGCAGUAUGAUUUUAACUUGGCAGAAAAACUUAUUGACACAUAUGAUAAUGAAAAGACACGCACAAACAAUUCAAUGACCCCCGAAGAGUUAUUUGCCUUCCUUAAAAGGCCCGCCAGGAAGACCUUUGGCACAGUGACAGAUGAGGAUAUAAUAAAGCUAAAGAGUCAGGAAAAGAAAAAAAUUAACUGGAAUAAUAAGCUUUAUCUGAGUCCACUUACUACUGUAGGUAAUUUACCUUUUAGGAGGAUCUGUAAAGAGUUUGGUGCUGAUAUCACUUGUGGGGAAAUGGCAAUGUGUUCUAGCUUACUACAGACAAUCCCUCAGGAAUGGGCUCUAAUGAAGAGACACCACACAGAAGAUAUUUUCGGUGUUCAACUAUGUGCAAACAACCCUUACUUGCUAACCAAAUGUGGCCUCAUCUUAGAAAGGGAAUGUGACGUUGAUUUUAUCGAUUUAAAUAUGGGUUGCCCCAUUGAGUGGGUGUUUAAAAAAGGAGCCGGCAGUGGGAUGUUACUUAGACCGAAAAUCCUCGAGGCCUGCGUAAGGAACCUUAGUGACCUGAUUUCGGUGCCAAUGACCGUAAAACUGCGUACGGGGGCGUAUAAAGAUGACAAUGUCGCACAUGAACUGGCACCAAAAUUAAGAGAUUGGGGAGCCUCAAUGAUAACAAUUCACGGAAGGUCAAGGGAACAGAGAUACACGAAAUCGGCCGAUUGGGCUUACAUAAGGCAGGUAGCGCAAGCCGCUGAUCCGUGUCCUGUUUUUGGAUGUGGAGAUGUCUUGAGCUAUGAAGAUUAUAAAAGAUGCUGGGAACAAGCUCCCGAAAUCUCGGGUAUAAUGAUCGGCCGCGGAGCCCUAAUAAAACCCUGGAUCUUUACCGAAAUCAAAGAAAAACGGCUCUGGGACAUCACCAGCUCGCAACGUCUCGAGCUAAUCGGCAAAUACGUUAACUACUCUUUAGAACACUGGGGUUCGGAUAAUCGAGGUGUGGAAAACUGUAGAAGAUUCCUUUUGGAGUGGUUGUCGUUUUUGCAUCGUUACGUCCCCGUGGGCCUCCUGGAAAAUCCUCCCCAAAAAAUCAACGAAAGGGCCCCUUUGUUUAAAGGACGAGAUGAGAUGGAGACACUUUUGGCGUCUCAAAGCGCCUCAGACUGGAUUAAAAUUACUGAAAUGUUUUUAGGUAAAGUACCUGAAGGUUUUAGGUUUAUACCUAAACAUAAAGCCAACUCGUAUGAACAAAUGCAAGGUUAAGUUAGAUGAGUUUAUUGUAUUGUUUGUGAACAUGUUUUGACAUGUAAUAUAAUGUAAUGUAAGAGAUUUAUACUAUCUGAUGGUAAUAAAUUGUUUUAAAGAGUC